AUGGGGAGAAGCCGUGAAAAGGAAAAGGAGAACUUCAACAAGAGGGUGGAGGAUGCGAGGAGAGACCUUGAUAGUGGGCGCAUUAAGACAAUUAGGGAGGCAGCGGACGUGCAUGGAAUAGCCUACACUACCCUUCAAAACAGAUUAGCUGGUUCUAGAACGCGUCAAGAUGCUCAUACGGACCAGCAAAACCUUACUCCUAUCGAGGAAACAGCUAUCAAAAAAUGGAUCCUGAAAUUAGAUGAUUGGGGUUUUCCGCCCCGACACCAAUAUGUGAAGGAUAUGGCUUUAGAUUUCCUCAGAAGUCAUGGAAUUCGAAAACCCAAGCUAGGCAAGAACUGGUUAACACGGUUUCUCGCUCGUCAUCCUGAUUUAGCUUCUAAAUUUUCAACCCGUCUGGACAAACAACGCUCGUAUGCCAGUAAUCCCGCGGUUUUGAAAGAUUUUUUUACACAGCUUCGGCGCGUAGUUGUGACACAUAAUAUACUUCCUGACGAUACCUACAAUAUGGACGAAAAAGGAGCGAAUGGUCGUACGCGGUUAUUGAUACUUGAUGGACAUGUUUCGCACUGCACUUGGGAAUUCUUUUCCUAUUGUCUUGACAACGAUAUUAUACCCCUCUGUCUUCCCGCACACUCCACACACAUACUACAGCCUUUAGAUGUUGGACUAUUUGGUCCUCUACAACGUCAUUAUACAAAUGCUUUAGACGACUGGACGCAAAACGGAAAUACUGGAAUUCAUAAGGGGACAUUCUUCCCAUUAUUGAUGCAGGCCCGUACCUUUACACAUACACCCAAAAACAUCCUCAACGCGUUCAAAGCUACUGGAAUAUAUCCCCUCAAUCCCCGCCAGGUACUUGAACCGUGCAUUGAAAAGGUCAAGGCCCUAAACACCAAGAAAGAGCAAGCAUUGGGUCCCCGUACACCCCGCCAUGGAAAAGGCAUUUCAAUUCACACCAAGCGCACCAUUGCUUUAGUAGGCAAUGCAACACCUAGUAGAAAGCUGGCGCAAAUUAUGGUUGAGAAACUGGGCCUUGCCGCUGAAGAAUCAUCAGCAGAGGUAGUUGUCCUACGGCAGGAGUUAGCAUAUUUGAGGAAGAAAGAAAAAGCAAAUUCCGACUCCUCAAGGGUACAAAGUAGAGCUGUUCUCUCCAAAGCCCUCGUAGUUACUACAGAUGAGGUUGUACGUCUGCGCAAUCAAUGGGAGGAAAAGCAAAAGCUCACCGCUGCGAGAGCUAUAGCAAAAGAGUUGAAGGCAGCGGAGCGGACAUCAAAGAGCGCCGAGACAGACUGCGCCGAGCCCGCAAAUCUCGGCAGGAAACUCACCAAGGUUAGAGGCCGUCCAAAGAGACAGCUUCCAAUUGAGGAACUGGCUGAACCUGUGACUCAAGACCCUGAAGGCUCAGAGUGCGAGUGGGAAGAGCUGGAAGCGGAUAGGUGCACCCCUACAAAUAUCACAACCCAAAGUGGUAAGAAAAAUGCCCGGAAAAUGAAAAUAUAUUUUGUAAAUAAUAGUAGUAAUAGUCCAAAGCCGGGGGAUUCUGUUAGGAGACUUAGAUCUAGAAAAUAA